GGAAGUUGCUAUCUAUUUGUCGAUUUCCUCAGAUUUGGGUCAAUUAACUCUGACAUGCGCACUGUGCUUCUAUAAGCUGGAAUUACCCUUACAGAAUGGGGAAGUCCCAAUACUGAAAGAACAGAUCGGCGUGUUAGUUUUGAUGUUCACACCGAGCUGAGCUACGAUCAUGCCUACAGUGUGCGAAGAAUCGGGAACCUCAGCUGUGAAUUUUAAUUCCACGUUCGACCCUAUGAAUAGACUUUUAUCUCAAGACGCCAUUCACGAGAAAUGUUCAUGUCAUGUUGCUCCAAGUGGGAGGCAGUUCGGGAGAACAAUAUCGUUAGACCCACAACUUUUUAAUCGCUGUGCCGAGUGUCACAAAGAGAAAAAUAAAUGGAGAACUCAGUGCAAUUAUGAGAAAAUUUCUGAAGAAGAGGAUGGGAGUCGUAUUGGGGUUAGUACGAUUUUGGAAAAUAGAGUGGGAGGAACCAAGUUGAUGGACGACACGGAUGGAGAAGCGAAACUAAAACUGCUCAACACCGACAAUGAACAAAGUGAAAAUGACACAAAUAAUGAACGCGGGAAACCAAAGAACUGUGACCUAGAAAAGGGCCCCGUGCCUCGGACACGAAAACCGUGGACCCGGAGGAAAUUAACUCUCAAAAUCACUGUAUUGUUUAUUGUCAUCGCUAUGGCAAUUGCAGGGGUGGUCCUUGGUGUAAUCAAUAACAAAUCCAAGGAAGAGCACCUGCCAGUUACACAAAAAUUACAAAAACCCUCCACUGGGCCCACCGUCACAGAAUUCCCCACACGUAACUGUUCAUUAGUGAUGGAAUUGGAUAAAGACAACAUUCACACUGAUACUCCAAACAGUUUUCAAUCAUAUACACUUCCAUGGAGAUCGUUAUCUUCAUUACCAACAAGCAACGCCAUAGUGUAUACUCCGAAAGCAAUGACGUUUAACGUUAUAAAAUCCGGAUUCUUCACCAUCCACGCUGAUGUUCACAUCGACACAAAUUUUUGGAUCAGUGGUAAAGACCUUAAAAAGACAUUUUCCUCCAUAUUGUGUAUCCAGCUUCCCAAUUCAAAGAAAUGUAACACUUCUAAAUACAUUGCACGUACUGUGCGGGCACAACAGUUGUACAAAGACGUGUACUUAAAAAAGGGGGAGACAUUUUACCUGACUAUUGAAGUGAACACUUUGGAUAUGAUUUAUCAACUCCCUACAGAACAAAACAACAUCAUAGAAAUCACAUCUAAGAGAUGCUAGUCAAUGUACAGAAUUAGAUUGAUUUACAUGAAAUUUUAAGAUUUUGUUUUACAGUUAUAUUGAUGUAUAUAUUUGAUAUUAUUUAUUUUUUUGUAUAGUUUAUUAUGUUUUUAAUAAAAAUAUUCAGUUUU